CACAGAAAGUUUCGUUUUCACAGUUUCGUACCUUGAAGAGACAGGAGACAAAGCAAGCUUUGGACUAUUUCUGUAUGUACAAACCGGUAAUUAUUCGACGAACCGUAUCUCCAAAGGCGUCUCUAACCUUACUCUGCCUAAGCCUAUGAGUAUGAGUAUAAGGCCUACAAGUAGUAGUAGUGUAGACAGUAACACCAUCGUCUCAACACGAGAAUCCUGUUCGUGCUAAGAACAGUUUGAACUUUAUCCCUCUCUCCAACUCUUGGAGAGUUUGCAUAGACGAAAUUUUAUAGCCUACAGUGCCUACAGUACGUCCAUAUGGCUGAUUCGAGUAAGUCCCUUUCUCUUCCAAGCGAAGAAGACAUAGCCUGUGAUCUGCAGAGAGCUGAGGACCAAGCCGAGGAAAAACUUCAAAACUGCUUGGAGGACAAUGAGAAUCAUGUGCAGCAUGCCUUCCAGAAAGCUGCUGCAACUGUCGGUCGGCUUGUUAAUGCCAGCAGUGUUAGUAGUGGAAGAGAUCCUGCUAUGGCUGUCCUUGCAUUCCAGGAGGCGGCAACAGCUGUGACACGCUUGUAUAAAAUUGCACUGACCAGUCAGCGGGAUGUGGCGGAUGUGGCAAGACGAUGUGGUCGCUGUCAGCGCAGCAGGGAAAUCUACGAUUCGUGCCGCAGGACCAACCCCAACAAGCCGUUCUUACGGCGUGACGAUGUCCUGAGCAUUACUGCUGGCCGCCGCAGUCCUUGCGGCCGCACGCGCAGAACCUCUCUAGUCUCGGCUGCACAAUCCUCGUUGUCAUCGUCACCGCCAGCGUCCACAUCCUUUCCGUUUUCAGAUUCUGCUCGGCGGGCGGUUGCAGCAGCCCACUGGCCACAGUUUCCACCUCCAGCGUCUCCAGUCCAGGAAGGUGCGUCUUCAGUAUCGGCUUCCAGAUCGGCUUCCACCUGUGUUCGUACGGAUGACCAUCCGAAGACGACCCAAUGUCCGUCGGCAGCUCGUGAUAGUGCUCAAUGCAGUUCACCACGUGCCACCUCCGGAACCACUGCAUCUUGUCAGCCGCAUCGUCAAUCCCUUUGGUGGCAUAAUACGUUGCCCGAAGGCCUACCUGUACUGGAUAACCUGUUCAUUACAUCGUGUAAGCGCCUCCGCAUGGAUAUUGGCGAUGCAGAGGACGAAGAGUUCGACGAAGAGGAGCCGUUCAAACGGAGAUUCCUUUGAACUGUACGUGCACACACUCCUGUACGUUGUGUGUAUUCGCGCGCGCGCGCACGCUCGUGUGUGUGUGUGUGUGUGUGUAUAAGUGUGUGUGUGUGUGUGUGUGUGUGUGUGUAUAAGUGUGUGUAUACGUGUGUGUAUAUGUGUGUGCAUGUGCAGGCACACUUUUGAUUGUGUUUAAAAGAUACUGAAUGAGCCCGCCUGUCCAUGCUGUGGUGUCUGAUUCAGGCGGUGUGUAGACACUGGCAGCUGCCGUAGCUACGACCGUGUAGACGUAGUCCUGCGUACUCCUUCCUGUGACUUUUCUUAUUUUUCCCAUGUCUCUAACACUCAUCUCACGGAGUUACAUAACCUGUGACACGCUGGUUUCACUUGAAAGAAUGUUCUUGUUCUGGUUUGAUCUUUUUUCCCCGUCGUGAUCUGCCUCCCGUUUCCCAAAUCCACAUUCCUCUUUGUAACGUUGCUUUGAAGUACGUCUACUGUAUUCUCCAUCCAGGACAAGUCGAUUCACUGGCUCUCUUCAGAGCCGACCUUUCCUAUUUUAAGUUAUCUCAUUCAUUUCUAAGGUGAAAUUAUGAGCUUGAGUA